AGGCAAAGCUACAAGGUAGAGGUGUAGGUGUUGGUGUUGGUGUUGUCAAGUUUGAACGAAGAAUAUUAAUUUUAUUUUUAUUAGUUUAAUACUAUUUUUAUUCAUGUUUUCAAAAUUUCCAGAGUUUAUUCGUUUUUUCUGUACGUUACGUUGAAGCCUAAGUUAUUCAACAACCAACCACCGCCUGCCACAAAAUUACCAGCUUUCCGGCGGCAUCUCCGACCUCCUGAGCUCAGAGAUGCCAAAUUCAUCUGAGGACUUGGAGCCACAUAUUCAUAGCUCUGUAAAUAAUGUUAAGGAAGAUAGUGAGUAUGUUAGGUUGGUUAUAUCGAGUGAAGCAGGCCCAACAGCUGAAGCUCAACCACAAACAAGGACUAAAUCUUUCAUCUGGUGGAUCAAAGCCUUUGCUUUCUCCAUUUUUCUUGUUGUGAUCUCUCUCAUCUUCUUAAAAUGGGGAGUCCCUUUUCUUUUCGAGAAGGUUCUCUUCCCAAUAAUGCAAUGGGAAGCAACUGCUUUUGGUCGUCCUGUUCUAGCCAUAGUGCUUGUUGCUUCUUUGGCAUUUUUCCCUGUGUUCUUGAUACCUUCGGGUCCUUCAAUGUGGUUGGCUGGUAUGAUUUUCGGUUAUGGUCUUGGGUUUGUUAUAAUUAUGGUUGGAACAACUAUUGGAAUGGUCCUUCCAUAUUUAAUUGGCCUACUGUUCCGUGACCGCAUACAUCAAUGGUUAAAGAGAUGGCCCCAGAAAGCUGCUAUGGUUAGACUCGCUGGGGAAGGAAGCUGGUUCCAUCAAUUCCGAGUGGUUGCUCUCUUUAGGGUUUCUCCUUUUCCAUACACAAUUUUCAACUAUGCAAUUGUGGUUACUAGUAUGAAAUUUUGGCCCUAUUUGUGUGGAUCAAUUGCUGGAAUGGUGCCAGAAGCUUUCAUUUACAUCUAUAGUGGUCGGUUAAUAAGGACAUUAGCAGAUGUGAAGUAUGGGAACUAUCACUUGACUACCGUGGAAAUUGUGUACAACAUUAUUUCCUUCAUUCUUGCAGUUGUUACCACUAUAGCCUUUACUGUUUACGCAAAAAGAGCUUUGAAGGAGCUCGAAAGGGGAGAGGCCAUUCUUGAAGCACCAUCUGCUUCCAACCAUGAUGACAAUUUCGAGAUGAAUAAGCUUCCCCUUGAAAGAUCCAAGCAUUUGGGUUCCUCAUCUUCUUCAUUAUAGUCAAGACACUCCACGAAAUAAUUAGUAUCUGUAAAAAGUUAGGUAUCUGAGGGGGUGUUCAAACUCCUUAGUCUUUGUAACCUAUUUUUCUUAGUUUUCCUUUUUAAUGGUUUUAUGUUUGAUCUGUAACCGCAGAAAUAGAAUACUAGAAGGAAUCCUUGACAAUACCUUGUAUGAGAUGUGAGAGAUUUAUGAACAGAUUGGCCUAUGUAUAUUAUUUGUUGAUUAA